CAUUUCUGCGGAAUUCCCAUUUGCCAGCAAGCUGCUGCUGCUGCUGCCCUGAUUGAUAUAUGACUGCAAUGGCACUUUUCCAUUUGACAUUCCCCCUCUCUCUCCCUCUCUCUCUUAAACAACAGCCCUAACUUUUGUGUGUUGCAAAUAUAAAAGGCAAGCCAUGUGACGGAGGGACAGAAGAACAAAAGCAUUUGGGAGUAACAGGACCUCUUUCAGCUCUCCAAAGGGUUAGAGGGAAGGAAGGAGUGGUGCCUUUUCCAAAGUCAUCUGCUGGAGCGCUCAGAACAGUCUGAAACAACAGGCAAUAUUUAUUUCUAGCGUUGCGCCUCACGCUUCGCGGGAGCACUCACAAUUCGCACGUUAUCAUUUAUCCAAACUUCCGCGAGGCUUUCCAAUGGACCGGACAGCGCUGGCUGUGGCUUAGGACAGAUUUAGCCCUCACUCUUUAUUGGCUGAGAGCUGUGAGGAAAGCCCCUGUGCCUGGCUUUGCUGGGUGCCCGGGGUAUAUCUGGUAGGUGGCCGGUGACACGGAGGAUGCUGCGCGACCCCAGAAGGAGAGAGGGAGGCUCUGCUCCGCUCCCGGCUGAUCAUUUCCCUGUGUGUCAGCGCCAGAGGCACCAGCAUGACUGUUCUCCGCUUCCCUGGGACGAAGGAAGGAUUUCGCCGCUGUGAGCAAGUGUCAGUGUAGGGGAGCUGCGGGGCUCGGCAGCCGACACUGCCCGGAGGAAGAGCCCCGGCUCCUGCCGGGCUCAGCUGUGCAGGAGAUUCUUUGAUGGAUUACAAUCUCAUCAGACUCCAACCUGAGAAGAAGAAUGACAGCUCAGACACUUAAACCAGACUUUUCACCAUCCUGGAAAGGAACUGGCUUCCAGAAUUCGGAGGGUUUUUGAUGCUCUACCUCCCUCUGCUGUUACCAGCGAGAAGUUCCUCGACAAUGGGAAAUCAUGUACUCGCAGCUUCGAUUUCCAUGCUCUCGCUGCUGGUGAUGAUGGGAGACACGGACAGUAAGACAGAGAGCUCCUUCCUCAUCGACUCCGACCCCAGCCGCUGCAUGAGGCACCACUACGUCGACUCCAUCAGCCACCCCCUCUACAAGUGCAGCUCCAAGAUGGUGCUGCUGGCUCGCUGCGAAGGCCGCUGCAGCCAGACGUCGCGCUCGGAGCCCAUGGUGUCCUUCAGCACGGUCCUGAAGCAGCCCUUCCGCUCCAGCUGCCACUGCUGCCGGCCCCAGACCUCCAAGCUGAAGGCCAUGAGGCUGCGCUGCUCGGGGGGCAUGCGGCUCACGGCCACCUACCGCUACAUCCUCUCCUGCCACUGCGAGGAGUGCAACUCCUAG